CACUGAAGCCUGUUGUGGUAUGCUAUAUGAUAUUCUCAGCUUUCUAAUCGGUUUUGCUAAGUAGAUCAAAUGGCAGGAGGGAACACACUUCAUGGUGGAGGAACAUGGAUAAGGAACUAAAGCUGGUGAUCCUAUGAUGUUGGCCCAGAAGGCUUGGAGCCGAGUUUGGCGCCACCUUUUGGUGUUCGCAUUGUGUGAACUCAUGACUCACUGCCAAUCUCACAGCACAGGCUUUUCAAAGCAGCAGACUCUCUUUUUGGUUGGAAAAACUGGCUCUGGAAAGAGUGCAUCAGGAAACACCAUCUUGGGCCACUCUGUGUUUAGAGAAGACGCCUCGGCUGAGUCGGUGACAAAAACCUGUGAGAAACGAGAGCGACUGGAAGGAGACAGGAACAUCGUGGUGAUCGACUCCCCUGGAAUAUUUGACACAGAUAAAACACAAGUACAACUCAAAGAAGACAUUGAGCAGUGUGUUAAGCUGUCAGUUCCUGGGCCUCAUGCUUUUUUGUUAGUUAUAAACUUAAAGUCAAGAUUCACAAAAGAGGAAAAGGACACUGUGAAGUGGAUCCAGGAUAACUUUGGCUCUGCUGCUGCUACUUACACCAUAGUCCUGUUCACUCAUACCGACUUGUUGAGAGGUAAAUCUGUUGAGGACUAUGUGGCAGAAAGCAAACAACUACAAACUCUAAUACAUCAAUGUGGAGGAAGAUACCACUCGUUAAUCAAUGGGCAGAGUUCAGACAGAAAACAGGUAACAGAACUUCUGGAUAAAAUAGAUGAAAUGGUUCAAAUAAAUGGGGGAGACCAUUACACCAACAGUAUGUACUACAAGGCCCAGAGGGAACUGGAGGAGGAAGAGGUAAGAGCAGGGAGGCAGGAAUACGAAAGAACAAAAAAGACAGAGGGGAAAAGGUGUAAAUCUAAGUGUGAAGAAGAUAAACAGGAAGCAAGAAAGCAGAAGGAGAGAAAGAAAAAACUUCAUUUAUGGUGUAGAGCAUUAAAAAUGGUUUCCAAAGGAAUGAAGUCUGCUAAGCAUAACUACUUUACAGCUAUGGGAAACGUUCUUGGUUUUGUCGUUGAAGACUGUGAACUUUUUGAGCAUGUGUUUCCUUAAAUCAGUGAAAAAUGUGACAAAAUGAACCAACAAAUCACAACCAUGAAUGGAUGAAUACAAUGGUGACAAUGUCUAAGUAUCGUCUAUAGAAAACAAAGACCCGGAAUCCAAUCUUGAUGUAUAUUGUCAAUCUCUGAAUAAUUUAGGUUUUGUAUUUUGGUUCUCUGAUUCUUCAUGUUUUGAUUGUUUGUUCUUUUUUGGCACUUGAACACUGUCUUCAUCGGCAUAACAGAGCUCUGCUCUUAUUUAUCCUGAUGCAACUCAUGCACAGUUUAUGCUUUCUGCAGACACUUAUUUACAUUUAAUGUGUCCAACAGCUUAGUAACAGGCCUGACAAAUGUCUGAUUGACGUAAUAAAAACUGUGUUGAUUUAUUGAUGUUUUAUUUAAAUCUAUCACUUUUUCAUCUGACAAGUCUAAUUGUAACCUUUUGCUAUUGCCUCCAUGAGUAAGACAGUAUCAAUGUCAAACUUAUUUAUGAAGCACAUUUCCAACAGCUCGUGCUGCACAAGGUGCCUCAAGGUGCAAUUAAGGAUAAGUAAAAUACAUGACAAUGAUACAAUCACAGAUCAAAAGAUAAAGAUAAAAUAUUGCAUGUGUGAAACUGAGAAUUACAUCUGUUUAACAAUUUCCAAACCUCAAAAUUAAAAUUAAAACUGUAAGUGACCAACAAAGUGAAAAUAUGCCACUUUUAAGGACUGUAAUUAGGUGCAAAUAGUAAAAAUUGUGUAGCUACUCUUCAUAUUUACUUCACUUUAUCAUUUAAAGAUGAGGCCGUCAAGUGGUUUUAAUUUAACUUUCUGUUCAGAAUAAUUUGCUUGCUAUCAGAAUGUUACUUAAAAAUGUGUCAAGAUUAAAGUUGUAAAAUUCGUUCUACUUCAAUUUUAUUCUUUGUUUAGUUUGAAAGCUUUGUUUCUUUUACAUUGUAUGCGUUUAAUCAGAAAGUUGCAUGGGAUGGCUGCUUUGUUUUGAAAGGUUUGAAAUGAUUUGUAUAAUUUCGCUGGAUUUGGUGUAAUACAAACCUCUGUUUAAAUAAACGCUUAAAGAAACACG